AUGGAAUAUAACUCACUGCCUCCGGAGAUUACCGUCCUGCUGCUGGGCGACUCUGAAGUAGGGAAGUCGACGUUCUUGUCUCGCCUGUCACUCGGCGUGCAACCUCAGAACGACGACCUCCCACCUUAUGAGCUUCCCAAGCUGCGCGAUAUCGACCAGCCGUAUGCCUUCGAUAUCACACUCUAUGGCCGGCCGUACAGGCUGCAAUUCUACGACACGGCCUCACCCCAGAACUAUACGCUUCUGCACCCACAAUUUGUGAUUCUUUGCUACGACAUAUCCUCGCGCGCGUCGCUCGAGUCGCUUUCUUCGACAUGGCUGCCGGUAGUGAACAAGCAUUUUAAUUACGAUGAAAACUUGCCUGUAAUGGUCCUUGGUCUUAAGAGGGAUUUGAGGAGACAAUGGACGUUAGCGGAGCAUGGCCCGGACAAGAAGGGCAAGGGCGCGAGCGUCAUGCCACAUGAGGGAUUACAGACAGCGCAGAGAAUGCUGUGCGAUCAUUACGCUGAAUGUAGUGCGCUGACAGGGGAGCUGUGUAGGCAAGUGCUGGAGGAUGUCGCAAAGACAUGUGCAAAGACAACGACCAAGGACGGUGCCAAAACUCAAGCUGAUGUGUGCAACCUCAUUUUUCUCUCCCAUAUCGCCUGCAAUCACACCAUGGCGACAGCAUUCGAUCACGACAAGCUCUCCGCGGAGCACCAGCAGACCGAGAAUGUCGCGGAGAAGAUCUCGACUUCAUCGGGCAGUGGUGAGCUCGAAGCGCAGAAUAUUGAUCUUGAGGAGAAGGAGGCUGCCCGUGUGCUGAGGAAGGUGGAUAUGAGACUCGUUCCAAUGCUGUCUCUUCUUUACCUCGUCGCGUUCAUCGAUCGAAGCAAUAUCGGUAACGCGAAGAUUGCUGGUAUGACGGACGACCUGAAAAUGCACGGUAGCCAGUACAACACUGCAGUCACCUUAUUCUUCGUUCCAUACACGCUACUCGAAGUACCUAGCAACAUCGUGCUCAAGAUGAUGCGCCCAAGUCAUUGGAUGGCAAUCUUGAUGUUCUGCUGGGGUCUCGUGAUGACACUUAUGGGUCUUACGUCCAGCUACGGUGGGCUACUUGCCGGACGUUUCUUCUUGGGUGUGACAGAGUCUGGCUUCUUCCCCGCAGCAACGUUUCUGCUUACUCUCUGGUAUCGCCGUUUCGAACUUCAGCGUCGUAUGGCUGUUUUCUAUGUAGCCGCCUCUCUUGCUGGUGCUUUCAGUGGGUUGCUCGCCUACGGUAUCGAGAAGCUCGACGGUCGCUCUGGACUUGCCGGAUGGCAGUGGAUCUUCUUAAUAGAGGGAUUGAUCCCAGUGGCGCUCGCGCUCAUCAUCUGGAAGAUUCUCCCUGAUAGUCCAGAAACCGCCAAGUUCCUUACCCAACCAGAGCGCGACUUGCUGGUUUCCCGAUUGUCCAACGAUUCUGGGUCUGGACAGGGACAAGCCACCAACAGCGAUAAGAUCAGCAAAGAGCAGAUUCUCACUGGUCUUUCCGACUGGAAGAUUUGGGCUGCUACGGUUAUUUUCUGGGGAAACACCGUUGGAGUUUAUGGAUUCACAGCUACCGUACCAUCUGUCAUCCAAGGCCUCGGCUACACGAGUGCCAAUGCCCAACUCAUGACCAUCCCGAUCUACGUUUUCGCCGCUAUCCUUACCCUCAUCUUUGCGUGGGCGUCCGAUCUGACACGCAAGCGCUCCCCAUACAUCAUCGCAGGCUAUUCCAUUGCCGUAUGCGGCUUCAUCGCUCAACUGGCCAUUCCUAAGCCCGCCUAUCCUGGCAUCACCUAUGGCUUCCUUUUCCCCGUGGCUGGAGGUCUAUACUGCCCUUUUACCUGCCUUGUCUCCUGGAUUGGCAACUCCCUUGCACCAUCUUCUAAGCGCGCUGUUGGUAUGGCUCUCUUGAUUUCCGUGGGAAACAUGGGUGGUAUCAUGGGAAGCAAUAUCUAUCUUUCGCGCGAAGCACCAAAGUACACGACAGGCUUUUCGGCUAGUUUGGCCAUGUGCUGUACCGCCAUCCUCAUGACUUUCGUGUUGAGGUGGGCGUAUGCGAAGGAGAAUAGACUGAGGGAUGAGCUGAUCGCGGAGCACGGUGAAGACGCUAUUCGUGCGAGGUAUUCCGAGCAGGAGUUGCUGCUUAUGGGUGACAAGAGCCCUUUCUACCGGCUGAGCGUAGUAGCCCCCCGCCGAUACAAUCUCAAACACACCCAUUUAUUGAUUCGACACUUGCGCAUACAUAACAAUACGAAAAUCUUUGACACACAGCCCAUUCUUAUCCUACGAUCGCACCAAGCACAAAUCUACGCGCCGUAUCGAGUCGUCAACCCCGCAUACUCUGACCUCUCAUCCUCCACCGUCACCCACCUCCAACCCAAACUCCACGCGCGCACGCAUACGCACCCACCCACCAUGGGUUCCGUAGUCCUCCCCCACCUGCGCACAGGAUGGCACGUCGACCAAGCCAUCCUCAGCGAGGAGGACCGCCUAGUUCUGAUCCGCUUCGGCCGGGACUCGGACCCCGACUGCAUGUCGCAAGACGAGGUACUCUACAAGAUCGCCGACCGCGUGAAGAACUUCUGCGCCAUCUACCUCUGCGACCUCGACGAAGUCCCCGAUUUCAAGGCCAUGUACGAGCUGUACGAUCCUUGCACUGUCAUGUUCUUCUUCCGUAACAAGCACAUGAUGUGUGAUUUUGGGACGGGAAACAAUAACAAGCUGAACUGGGUGUUGGAGGAUAAGCAGGAGUUUAUUGAUAUCAUUGAGACGGUAUACCGGGGGGCGAAGAAGGGCAGAGGUCUGGUUGUGUCGCCGAAGGACUAUAGUACU